AAUCUCGCGACUGGUGCGGAGUUUUUGUUCGUAAUAGCAGCUGGACUAGAUACUGAUGCCACCGAAAACGAUCGUCGUUACCGGGUUUGGACCAUUCGUUGGUCAUGAAGAUCGCAACGCUAGUUGGGAAGCCGUACGCCUUUUGCCCGAUGUGUUCCAUUUCCGAAAAGAUGCUUACGAAAUCCAAAAAUAUGAAGUACCAGUGACGUACGAAUCGGUUGAUCGUAUAGUUCCACGCAUAUGGGACUCGAAACCCGGCCUGGUAGUUCACGUUGGAGUCCAUGGGAAAAUCAAUACAAUCAAUCUGGAACACUGCUCGUACGCUAGCGGGUACUGUAAGCCAGACUUCGCGAACCGUUGUUUGCCAUGUGAUAAGAUAACUGUGAAUAGUAAAACGGAAGAGCAAGAGAUCUGCACAGUUCUACAAACUAAUCUCGACGUUGAGCGCAUCGCUCGGGAAUUAAAUCUCGAAACGAACGUAAAAUGUUGCUGCUCCACUGAAGUUGGAAAUUACUUAUGUGGAUACAUCUACCUCAAGUCGUUGGAUAUUGACCCAGAUCGGACACUUUUUGUCCACGUGCCACCGGUCGGAAAACCUUACAGCUCAGAAGAAACGAUGGCGGCGGUUUAUAACAUCGUCGGAAAGUGUCUGGAACAACUGUUUGCCGAGAAAAAACUGCCUUAAAUUGAAUACUCUGGAU